CCAUUUGACGGUACAGGGCCAGUGAGUCCUUACCUACAGUCCCAAACGAAUAUACCCUAGCCUACUGUCUUCCACAUCCAAAAGAAAAUAUUGAAAGUCGCAAAACCUGAAACUUUCUAAAUGGCAAGAAUGCUGAGCAGAGAUCUCCCGGAUAUUGAGAGUCUCCUAGCCUUGAACCCCAGAGUGCAGAACCAUGCCUCCAUCCAUUCAACAGCCUUCAAGAAGAAAGAGAAAAAGCACUGGAAGAGGAACCCAGAGAAGAGCUGUGAUACCUGUGUGAAGCUGGAAAACAACUUCGAUGACAUCAAGCAUACCACACUGAGUGAACGAGGAGCGCUGCGGGAGGCCAUGAGAUGUCUCAAAUGUGCCGAUGCCCCCUGCCAGAAGAGCUGUCCCACCAACUUGGAUGUCAAGACCUUCAUCAGCAAUAUCUCCAACAAGAACUACUAUGGGGCAGCCAAAUCCAUCUUUUCAGACAACCCCCUGGGUCUGACCUGCGGCAUGGUGUGCCCCACCUCUGAGCUCUGUGUGGGUGGAUGCAAUCUCUAUGCCUCUGAGGAGGGACCCAUCAACAUCGGAGGCCUGCAACAGUUUGCCACAGAGGUGUUCAGUAAGAUGGGCAUCCCUCAGGUGAGGAAUCCUGACCUUCCUCCCUCCGAUGAGAUGCCUGCCAGCUACCACACCAAGAUCGCUCUGAUUGGCUGUGGCCCAGCCAGCAUCAGCUGCGCCUCCUUCCUGGCUCGACUGGGCUACGACAACCUGACUGUGCUAGAGAAGCAGGAGUACAUUGGUGGCUUGAGCACUGCUGAAAUCCCCCAGUUCCGUCUGCCGUAUGAAGUGGUUCAGUUUGAGGUGGACCUGAUGAAGGACCUUGGAGUAAAGGUUGUCCUGGGAAAAGGUCUUGGUGUGAAUGGCAUGAACAUGACCUCUCUGAAAGACGAAGGAUAUGAAGCGGUCUUUAUUGGUAUCGGUCUUCCGCAGGCCAACAGACACAAGAUGUUUGAUGGGCUUACUGUAGAGCAGGGUUUCUACACGUCUAAAGACUUCCUGCCUCUGGUUGCUAAGGCCAGUAAAACAGGGAUGUGUAGCUGCCGCUCUGCCCUGCCUGAGGUAUAUGGGAAUGUGAUUGUGUUGGGUGCAGGAGACACAGCAUUCGACUGUGCCACCUCUGCCCUGCGCUGUGGGGCCCGUCGUGUUUAUGUGGUCUUCAGGAAAGGUUUCACCAACAUACGUGCUGUUCCAGAGGAGAUGGAGCUGGCGAAGGAGGAGAAGUGUGAGUUCCUGCCCUUCCUGUCUCCUCGUGAGGUCAUCAUGAGGAAUGGCCGUGUGGUGGGCCUGCAGUUCUGUCGCUCGGAGCAGACGGACACCGGUGACUGGGAGGAGGAUGAGGAACAGAUCGUCCGGCUCAAGGCCGAUUACAUCAUCAGCGCUUUCGGCUCCGGACUCACUGACCCCGUUGUGAAAGCUGCCAUGGAGCCCAUAAAGCUGAACCGCUGGGGGACACCGGAGAUCAACCAGGACACCAUGCAGACCAGUGAGCCCUGGGUGUUUGCUGGUGGAGACAUCGCCGGCAUGGCCAACACCUCUGUAGAGUCUGUGAACGAUGGCAAGCAGGCAUCCUGGCACAUCCACAAGUACAUCCAGACUCUUCACGGACAAACAGUAGACAGCACUCCAAAGCUGCCGAUGUUCUACACCGCCAUCGAUGCUGUGGAUAUUAGUGUCGAGAUGGCUGGCAUCCGCUUCCCAAACCCAUUUGGACUUGCCAGUGCCCCACCAACCACCAGCACUGCCAUGAUCCGUCGUGCUUUUGAGCAAGGUUGGGGCUUUGCCCUCACCAAGACCUUCGGCCUGGACAAGGAUCUGGUGACGAACGUGUCUCCGCGCAUUGUUCGCGGCACCACAUCGGGUCACCUCUUUGGCCCGGGUCAAGGGUCAUUCUUGAACAUUGAGCUGAUCAGUGAGAAAACGGCAGCCUACUGGUGCGAGGGCGUGACUGAGCUCAAAGCCGACUUUCCAGACAAUAUUGUCAUCUCCAGCAUCAUGUGCAGUUUCAACAAAGCAGACUGGACAGUGUUGGCCCAGAUGGCUGAGGCGUCUGGUCCAGAUGCACUGGAGCUGAACCUGUCUUGCCCUCACGGCAUGGGAGAGAGGGGAAUGGGUCUGGCCUGUGGACAGGAUCCAGACAUGGUAAGGAACAUCUGCCGCUGGGUCCGUCAGGCUGUGAAGAUUCCCUUCUUCGCCAAACUCACCCCCAACGUCACCAACAUCGUGGACAUUGCCAAGGCAGCUCACGAGGGAGGGGCUGAUGGAGUCACUGCUACCAACACAGUGUCUGGACUGAUGGGCCUAAAGGCAGACGGCAGCCCCUGGCCUGGCAUUGGCACAGGGAAGAGAACCACAUAUGGAGGAGUGUCUGGUAAUGCGAUCCGACCAAUCUCUCUGCGUGCCGUGUCAGCUAUCGGCCGCGCCCUGCCGGGCUUCCCCAUUCUGGCCACCGGGGGCAUUGACUCUGCUGAGGCAGGUCUACAGUUCCUUCACGCUGGAGCCUCCGUACUACAGAUCUGCAGCUCAGUGCAGAACCAGGAUUUCACAGUGAUUGAGGACUACUGCCUGGGCCUGAAGACUCUGCUCUACCUGAAGAGCAUCGAGGAGCUGACGGACUGGGACGGCCAGUCUCCCCCGACCCUGCGCCACCAGAAGGGCAAGCCUGUGCCUCGCGUGGUGGACCUGGUGGGCAAAAGCCGGCCCAGCUUUGGGCCAUACCUCACAGAGAAAAAUGAAGCUGUGGCUGAGUACAAGAGGAGUCUGAGAGACGCCAACGAUAACAUCGCCAUGGACACCAACGAUGCAAGGGUCUUCAUCCCCAAGAAGCCCGUGCCAUCUGUAAAGGAUGUGAUUGCCCGAGCCCUGAAGCACAUUGGGGCCUAUCAGGAGCUGGACAACAAAGAACAGGUGGUGGCCAUGAUAGAUGAGGAGAUGUGCAUUAACUGUGGGAAGUGUUACAUGACCUGCAAUGACUCAGGAUACCAGGCAAUCACGUUUGACCCCGAGACGCAUUUCCCGGUGGUCACAGACAGCUGCACCGGCUGCACCCUCUGCUAUAGUGUCUGCCCCAUCAUCGACUGCAUCACGAUGAUCACCAGGAAAACGCCCUACGAACCAAAGCGUGGCAUCGUUCCUCAAGUGGUGUACCCGGUUUGCUAAACGUCAUCCAGCCCCAACUUCAGCAGAACAUCUAGAUCAAAAUGUAAAUGCAUUUCUGACAUUAUAUAAAAGAAGUGAGCCAGGAAAAGCGAUUGCCACAGAUUCCAAUUUGAUCUAACUGUGCAUGGGCACUGAUUCCUGAACAGUCUUUGCCACCAUGAAAGGUUUUGGUUGAACAUAAUUGGUGUUGAAGCUACAUCUUAACAACUGGGCAUAUCAGUCAACACUGCAAGCAGUGGGAUCUUGUGCUCCCACAGAUCCAUAUAGAAGUCAAUGGAGUUCAGUGUUAUGAGGCCUGUUAAGAGAUCAAAUGUCCUACCAUGAAGGAUUUAAUCUUUGGGUGGUGGGAGCUGAUUUAGAAGUAUUUUUCAUACAUUUAACAAAUCAUGUAGUCAUAGGUGAACAGAUAAGGGAGUGGUGAUGGGCCAUAAUUAUGCUCCAGUCUUUCCUAGAUUUACAGUAUAACUGCAAUAUAAGAAAACGCACAAUGGCUAGAAGGGGAAUGGAACGUGCUGCUUUCAAUUUGUGCGCUUCACAGAUGAUUUCUUUAAGACGAGAGCACAGCAGGAUUGGGAAUUUGUAUUUGUGUAAUCCUCCGAUUUAUUUAUACUCGAUUUCUGAGCAUUCCAGGAACGUGAAGAAACAUGAAAUGGUUGAAAAUGUACUUGUACUAAAUGUUAAAUAUACUAUGUAGCUUGAAAUCACUUCAAGCUACUUUAACCUCUAAUUCAAGUUCAAUGUGCAGAGUUGAAUAAAAUAUUUAAAUACACUGAUACCA